GCCAUCACGAUCAUCACCGUCACCAGAUAUGCUUGUAUCUGGUUCACAUGACGUCACAGUAGGAAGUGGAAUUAAACAGGCUUUAUUUGGAUGUAAUCCUUCGUUGCAAUCGGCAGAGCGAGUAAAAUGUCCCAGAGAAGGGAGAGAGAUAAACCCUAUUGGAUUAGUACAAGCCCCUGCCCAUCCCAACCUAUAACCCAACCUAUCCCCUUCUUUGCUUUUUAUUUUUUUUAAUGAAUGUUUGGUGGCCGUCUCAAGCAUGCACCCUGUUCCUGCGUCUUCCAUGGAAUAACUGUGUUACGUCUGCAGCCUUUGUGUGGUAUGGUGUGAUGUGGAUGUGUUUGUGUGUGGUCUCCUUUUUCCUCGCACACAACAAGCCAGCGUGACCAGAGAUUAAUUAUUCAAGGACUGCCAGCCAAAGGGGGAGUCACCUGAUAGCACGGACAUACAAUACAACCUGAUAUCAGGUGAAACGAUAGACCUUGCUUCAUCUUCUUUUCAGCUCGCUCUCCUCCGCCGUCUGUUUAUUCUUUGAUGCUAAUGUUCACGGAGUCUUGAAGGAGAACUUUGAAACACACAGAAGAACAAUUUUUCUUUUUAUUCUUGUGUUUUUCCACUCUCUACACUUUUCUUGAAUUUUUCCUUUGUUGCCAAUGCUGGUCCCUAACAAACAGUUGAGUCUUGGACGCUCCCACAGUUGGGACACUUUAGGAGGGAAUGAGGGUCAGUGGGAGAGGGCUGACAGCGGGUACGACCAGCAGGCAAGAGUAGCAGGCCGGCGGAGCUCUCUGUCGUACGGGGAGGCUGGAGGGUGGUACGAGGCUCCACCAGGAGUGCGUCCCCCUGAUCUGGAUCUGAAACGUGACCCGUAUUCCUACCAAGACUCUGCGUACGGACAGGUUUACGGAGAGCGACACGACCCGAGGGGGCUGCGGAAGGGCUCUGUGCCUGAUCUGAACCACUACGAACGACCACCCAUGGCCCACAGAGGAUCCAUUCCACAUCAGGAUUACUAUUCCCAUGACCCGGCCAUGACUCCACGGCCGCCUGAGGGAUUUUACCGGACAGAACACCAGCCUCCGCCGCCUCACCCUCAUCCCCUCAGUAGGUCAGGCUCUCAUUUUGGGCUGACACCUGCGGCUCGUGCUGCGUGGGAACAAGGUCAGGCAGGGAGGACGGGACCCCAAGCCCCCUCCUCUCCUCUGCCGCCUCCUCCCCCUCCUCCAACCGCUCAUGAGUUGAAUCGAGCUUAUAGGGAACCUGGUGUAACAGUUGCAAAGAUGAUGCAAGAUGGCCAGCAGCGGAGACCAUCCAGAGAUCCAUCUCCUGCUCAUUUUGGUAUGGAGCAGCCAUCUCCUCGGUACGCCAGUGAACCUCCACCUCUGACUGGACAGUCUGUCUAUACUGACGUUAAUGGCCGCCCGUUGGAUCCACAGCAACAAGCUGCUACCUGUCUAGUAGUGGAUCCUUCCAGUCAAGGCUUGAUUAUGAGGCAAGACACAGCCUCACCCUACACCAUCCAGCAACAACAGCAGCUGCAACAGCAGCAACUGCAACAGCAGCAACAGUUACAACAGCAACAGCAGUUACAACAGCAACAAUUACAACAGCAGCAAAUCCAACAGCAGCAGUUGCAGCAACAGCAACUUCAACAACAGCAAAUACAGCAGCAGCAGUUACAACAGCAACAGAUUCAGCAACAGCAGUUACAGCAACAGCAACUUCAGCAGGAACAGCUGCAGCAGCAGCAUCUGCAGAUGCAACAGCCGCUGCCACCUCCACCUACCAUGCCAGUUUCUGAUCCUAACCUUCCUAUGGGAGCUUCACUCCCUGCUCCACCUGCUCCUGUGCAGGCUGCAGCAGUUGCCCAAGCUCCACCUGCACCUGUACAGGCUGCACCACCUCCAGUUCCUCUUGCCCCAACUACUCCACUUGCUGCUCCUCUUCCUGCUCCUCUUCCAUCCCUUCCCCAAACCGUCCCGCAGACACCUUUGCCUGUGGACCCCAAGAAGACGGUUCAUCCUGAGUUCCUUUCUCUGCUGCGAAAUGAGGGCCUCUCAGAGAGCACCAUCUCCUCUCUCAUCCAGCAGGGAUUUGACACCACUAGCAUGCUCGCUGUCAUGGAGGACAACGAUGUCCGCACAGUCGCGCCCAACCUUGGCCAGGCUCGUGUACUGUCCCGCGUGGUUCACAACUGCAAGCGUCCCGCCGAGGCUAUGCCAACCCACUCCCAACCUCAGACGCCCAUGCGAGGCCGGUCUAAUAGCUUUAGCCAUCGCUCAGACAUCUACCACCAGCAGCAGCAGCACCACCACCAUCCACCGCAAACCCCUCAGGCUUUAGCUAUGGAUCCCCAACUAAUGCACCCACAGACACCAGGGGCCAUGCAGACCAUCUCCCCAAGGAUGGGAGAAGUAAUGGGCAGGAGACCUAACAGUGCCCCCUCCCAGCAGCUCCUGGAAGCCUCUGGAGGCUACCCAGGCCAACCACCUCGCUCCCCUGGGCCAUACGCUGGAGCCAUCGUGCCUGUUCAGUCAAGACCCAUGUCAGCAUACUCUGCUGGGGCUACAAUGCCCAUGCAGGGUAUGCAGAUAAUGCCGCAACAGAUGACUGGCUCAAUGCCGACCAUACCAGGAUCUAUUCACUCCAUUUCAGGUAUGCCACAGCAGAUGCCCAUAUCCAUGCCAGCUUUGCAGCAGCCACCACAACAAGUACCAAAAGCAUACUCUACCAAUUACACAGUGCCCAUGGAGCUGAUGAAGAGGGACAGGAACUUACUGCCAUUGUCGCCUAUGCAUAGCCCUCACCCUAGUCCUCAGCUGAUGCGUAAGGGUGGGGGACCUGUGUCAGACAAUGCCCUCGUCCCCGUCGGAGCUCCCGUUCAAGGCCAAGGCGCCCUGGUUGCUAACCAGAAGCUAAGUCGACGCACUGGUCCACCGGUCAUCGUGUCAACAAUGGCUUCUCCAGAUAUAAGUAUUCGGCCCCAAAUUAUGAAUGGGCCUAUGCACCCGCGCCCCCUGGUGGCGCUGCUGGACGGGCGCGACUGCACUGUGGAGAUGCCCAUCCUCAAAGAUCUGGCCACCGUGGCUUUCUGCGACGCCCAGUCCACACAGGAGAUACAUGAAAAGGUGCUGAAUGAGGCCGUGGGGGCCAUGAUGUACCACACCAUCACCCUGACCAGGGAGGACCUGGAGAAGUUCAAGGCGCUGCGCAUCAUCAUACGCAUCGGCAGCGGCUACGACAACAUCGACAUCAAGGCCGCCGGCGAGCUCGGCAUCGCAGUGUGUAACAUCCCCUCGGCGGCUGUAGAAGAGACGGCCGACUCGACCCUAUGUCACAUCCUCAACCUGUACCGGCGGAACACCUGGCUCUACCAGGCUCUGCGGGAGGGCACGCGGGUCCAGAGCGUGGAGCAGAUCCGGGAGGUGGCGUCGGGGGCGGCCAGGAUCCGAGGAGAGACGCUGGGUCUCAUCGGAUUCGGUCGCUCAGGUCAGGCCGUGGCCAUGCGGGCCAAGGCGUUCGGCUUCAACGUGAUCUUCUACGACCCCUACCUCCAGGACGGCUUGGAGCGCUCGCUGGGAGUCCAGCGGGUCUACACGCUCCAGGACCUGCUGUACCAGAGCGACUGCGUCUCUCUGCACUGCAACCUGAACGAACACAACCACCACCUCAUCAACGACUUCACCAUCAAACAGAUGCGUCAAGGUGCUUUCCUGGUCAACUCUGCACGGGGAGGGCUGGUGGAUGAGAAAGCUUUGGCUCAGGCCCUGAAAGAAGGCAGGAUACGCGGCGCCGCCCUGGACGUCCACGAGUCGGAGCCCUUCAGCUUUUCCCAAGGUCCCCUCAAAGACGCCCCCAACCUGAUCUGCACGCCCCACACCGCCUGGUACAGCGAGCAGGCGUCGCUGGAGAUGAGAGAGGCGGCCGCCACGGAAAUCCGCCGAGCCAUCACUGGCCGCAUUCCCGACAGCCUCCGAAACUGCGUCAACAAAGAGUUCUUUGUUACCUCGGCGCCCUGGGGAAUGAUGGAGCAGCAGCCGCCUCAAGUUCACCCAGAGAUCAAUGGUGCCGCCUACAGGUUCCCUCCUGGCGUGGUGGGCGUCGCCCCCGGUGGGAUUCCCGGACCUAUGGAGGGGCUGGUGCCCGGGGGAGUGCCCAUCGCCCACACCCUGCCCCCCGGUACCCACGCAUCACAGGCCACGUCCCCCAACCAACCCUCCAAACACGGCGACCCCAUGAGAGAGCACAUGACUGAGCCGUAGGAGCGCCGCCGUGGCCGGGCAGACGCAGACUACGACUCAGCCAACCCAGCCGUACGCUUGACUUCAGCCAUCCGAACCCACCAGCAGCCUGCCUGCCUGCCUGCCGGGUUUCACACUCUUUCUUUUUUUUGUAUGAAACCACUAAGCUCGAGUGAGGACAGUGGACACGCGAGCUGCCACACACCGAGACGGGGCUGACGGUCGAACUCAUGCGCCGAAGAUCUGACAACCCCCCCCACCGCCCCCCACCCCCCCCCACUCCCUCCGCAUCUGUUUCUGUUCAUUGAUUUGAGUGAUCCUUUCGUUUUAAUCUUCAUUUUUCGAGUAUAUUUCAGGGAGAUUCCUCCUGACUUCUGGGACACGUUGACAGUGACCGCGUGCAGGGUGGGAAAUCUCACUGGACCCACCUGUUCUGGUUUAAAAGGACACAUCCGCCUUCCUUUUCCCCCCUUUCAGCUCCAACCAUUUCGGCACAAAUGUUUGUUAUUUAGUUAAUUUUUUUUUUUGUUUUUUAUCCUAUAUUCUGUGCUUCUGUUGCAAGUGAGUAUCUGUUUUUCUGUUCUUCGUGUGUGAAAGUGGAUUUACAGUCGUCUUUAGCGGGCGAGAAAAGUCGACGACAGCAGCGUCUGCCACCAAGAAAUCUGGACUCCCACCUUUGCUCCUUUCUAAUCAUCGAGGCUGGAGGGCCCUGAAUGUAGAAGACGAGUGAUCGGUUAGAAGAGAGUGUUCAGCCUACCAGUUAAAAAAUGACCCUUUUAAACCAAAAAAAAAAAAAAAAAAGGAAAUUAAAAAAGGCUACCAUUCGUGGUUAGAUAUUGUACGUCGAGUGUGUCACCUCAAUUCCAUAUUGCUGUUGUAACUUCUCCAACUCUGCUGAGGUACCUGUGAUAUUUGGUUAUUGUCCCAAAUAUUUUUUCAUUCUAAGGACCUGCAAAAGAAAUUAAAAAAAAAAAAAAAAAAAGCUAGUGAGGUAUGAACGCGUUUGGAAAAACAAAAAUGGUAAAUCUCUUACUGACUCAGGAAAAAAAAUAAAAAUAUUCAAAUCUGUUAAAAAUCUGAACAGAAAAAAAAAACAAAAAAAAAAACAGAAGCUCCGGAUCACUGCUUUUCACGUCUCCAGCGUCUUUCUCCAUUGUGGUAUUUUUUUAUAUAUCAAAUGUACAUUUUUUGAUGUUCAAGGUUUUCACUCCUGUUAGAUUUGUAUUGCCUUGUUGAAUGUUCAUAUAACCGUAGUCUUAUGUGACCGACCCCGCCCCGGCCUCCUCUUCCAGUUUCUUCUUUGUUUUUCUGCUCUAACGAAAGCCAGCUGUGGCUCUCUCUGAGGAGCCACGUCCAUCCCUUUAGCCCCCAUGACGUUAGCAAGAGACAGCUGCUAGCAGGUUGUUUGAUUUUUAGUGUGAGUAUUUGUAUUUGUUUCUUGUACAAGGUGAACAUAUAGCAUACAGUGCAGCUGGAACCAAUAAAUAAAAACUUACUGUUCUGAUUGAUUAUUGGCUCUGUGGGACGUUUUAUUUAUUUUUGUUCUCACGUAAAGCUACAGUGCAGAACAUUCAUCCUGCUCCUGGUAUUUACAGUAAAUAUGCAAACUUCAUCUGUGUGUGUAAGAUGCAGGUCUGCAAUAACAUUUCUCUCCUUAUAAAUCUCAUAUUUGCCUCA